AGUAAUUGGGACCAUGAAAAUACCAUGCUUAGAUGUUUACAAAAUAAUAUCUAAGGUUAUAAUGCUGAAAAACAAUUAAUAAUUCAGCAGAAGGCAACAUUUUGAUAAUAAGACACCAGCAUUUUCUUUUUGGUGCUCUCUAUUGUUUAUGGUAUUUGGAAUUGGAAUUUUUGGUUUGACAUGCCAUUCUAUAUUACAUCAUUUUUCCCGCAAUGGUACCUUCAAAUAAGAAUUCUACCUUAGGUUCACAUGUUACCCUGACAAUUGAGAAUGCCAAAUAAACUUGUUGAAAUUGUUAUAUGUGGUUUAGCUUUGGUUGUUGACUUAUGUAGAAGCAUUCAGCUGAUAGCAUAUGGCAAAGUAAGAAAUGGUUUGUCAAGCAAAAAAAAGAUACACGAUCUCAAAUGUUUGGAUAUCCCUGUAUUCAUACAUGGUAUUUAUUCUUCUCUGGAAUUUCUGCAAGUCCAGCAAUCUUCAACUGAUAUUUGGCUUGCUAUCUGCACUGCUGUUAAAAGAGCUUUAUCCCUUUCCAAUGUUGCUGGUGAAGAAGUAACUGGAAUUGGUUUUGCGGCUACAUGUUCUCUUGUUGCUGUGGACUCUGAAGGUCAACCUGUUUCAGUUUCUUGGAGUGGUGAUACAAGAAGAAAUGUAAUAGUCUGGAUGGACCAUAGAGCCAUAAAGCAAGCUGAAACAAUAAAUUCCUGCAAUUCACCUGUGUUACAGUACUGUGGUGGUUCAAUUUCUCCCGAGAUGCAGCCACCUAAGCUUUUGUGGGUCAAAGAGAAUUUGCAAGAAUCUUGGUCAAUGACAUUUAGGUGGAUGGACUUGAGUGAUUGGUUGUCAUACAGAGCCACAGGAGAUGAUACUCGCAGUAUGUGCACAACAGUUUGCAAAUGGACAUAUCUAGGUCAUGCACACAUGCAGCAUGUUGAUGAGAAAAGCUCUCGAGACAUGGAAGCCUGUGGAUGGGAUGAUGACUUUUGGGAAGAGAUCGGUUUACGUGACCUUGUGGAUGGGCAUCAUUCCAAAAUUGGAAGAAGUGUAGCUUUCCCUGGUCAUCCUCUGGGCUGUGGUCUGACUCCUGAUGCUGCGAAGGAAUUGGGUCUCCUAACUGGGACUCCAGUUGGAACUUCACUGAUUGAUGCUCAUGCUGGUGGUGUUGGAGUGAUGGAAAGUGUGCCUGACUCUGAAGAAUCUGAUGACGACGCCAUAUGUCGGCGUAUGGUGCUGGUGUGUGGAACUUCCACUUGUCAUAUGGCUGUCUCAAAGAGCAAAUUGUUUAUUCCCGGUGUCUGGGGGCCAUUUUGGUCAGCUAUGGUUCCUGAGUAUUGGCUCACUGAAGGUGGUCAGAGUGCAACUGGUGCACUAUUGGAUUAUAUAGUUGAUAAUCAUGUCGCCUCUUCACAUCUUGCAGAUCGUGCUGCUUCCCAAAAUAUUUCUCUGUUUCAAAUGUUGAACAAGCUACUAGAACAAAUGAUGCAUGACAUGGACACUCCAUUUAUCGCUGCUUUAACAGCUGAUCUACAUAUCCUUCCUGAUUUCCAUGGUAACAGGUCUCCCAUUGCAGACCCAAAGGCGAAAGGAAUGAUAUGCGGUUUAAAUCUUGAUUCAAAUGAAAGACAGUUGGCUCUUCAAUACUUUGCCACCGUACAGGGCCUUGCAUAUGGUACACGCCAUAUAAUAGAGCAUUGCAAUGAGCAUGGACAUAAAAUUGAUACACUGUUCGCUUCUGGUGGACUUUCAAAGAAUUCAUUGUUCAUUCAAGAGCAUGCUGAUAUCAUAGGUUGCCGUAUAAUUCUUCCACGGGAAAAUGAGUCAGUGCUAUUAGGUGCUGCCAUUCUUGGUGCUGUUGCUGCAAAAAAAUAUUCUAGCCUCAGAGAGGCCAUGAAGGCACUGAAUGCAGCCGGUCAGAUUAUCUAUCCAUCGAAAGACCCGAGAGUGAAGAAGUACCAUGAUGCUAAAUACCGCAUUUUCCGGCAGCUUUACGAACAGCAACUCUCUCAUCGUUCGAUCAUGGCUGAAGCAUUGUCUUAGAGCUUCAGGUUUCUUUGUUAAUGGUUUUCAUAGAACAAAAAUUUGCAAAACUGGAAAUGGUUUUCAAUUACAAUUUCUGCUUUCUGUACAUGUUGUAAUCUGUGGAGAUUUGGGAGGGAGUUUGCCAAAUACUUAUGUUUUCUAUUUUGAAGUAAGUUCUAAAAAAUAUGUUUGAAC